AUGGAAACGGAAGAAGGUGGUGGCGCUGUCGUCGUUGGACGGGUGGAGAUCGAUACCAGAGCACCCUUCCGAUCAGUUAAAGAGGCUGUCACGUUAUUUGGAGAAAAAGUCCUGGUUGGUGAAAUUUAUGCCAACAGGCUGAAAGAGCAUCACGGAAACGACACGAAAGCUGGAGCUGGAAAAAGUGGGAAAGAUGAAUCAAAGAUUGCAGCCUUAACAGCCCAGCUAGAAGAACUAAAGCAAAGCUUGCAAAAGGCAGAAGAGGACAACAACUUGAUGUCGUAUCGCUUAAAAGCACUAAGAGAAGAGAUUGAACAAAAGAAAAAGGAACUGGAACAGUUGAAGGGCAGAGAGUUGCAGAAGCAACAGUUGGAUCCCCAUAUGGAAGACUUCAAAUUCAUCAAAGACAAAGAGGCGGAGGGGUUACAAAAGAAGAGAUACGUGAAAUUCGCUAGCCCUCCUUUGUUAGCCCAAGUCAUCGUCAACAAAGACGAGAUGCGGGAAAAACCAGACAGGGUCAAGAAAGCUACAAGGAAGACAUUAAUCGCCAUUAUCGGAUGGCUGUUCCCCAAGAAGAAAGAAAAUCAAGAAGAAGAUCAUCAGUCUUUGAGGACAAACGAGGUCCAGAGGCAUUAUUAUUAGCUGAGAGAGCAUGCAACAUUUUUGUUGGGGUUUCCACCGAAAGAUGGGAGCUACAUGUGUAAUAAUAUGAUAGAUAGGUCAGAACAUGAAAUAAACUAAGUUAGUGUUACAUAAAAUUUGGAGUGUGAUUAAUGUUCAUGA